GAUACUUGCGAUAUGUACAAUUCAUGCUUGGUUUACAGAUUCCGUUGUCGGCUACACCAUCUCCGACCCCUGCCUUCCUACCAACCACCGUAACAUCUCAAACAUCGGCCGGCGAUAUGCACACAACACAGAGUGUCGUCAGCACGCCAUCAGCGACUUCCGGUUGCCGAACAGCUGGUACUACGCUGGCCAUGACCCCAUUUUAACGUCCCUGCCUGACCAGCUGUGUGCAUGUGGUACCAGUCUGCCUAUUUGGAUGAACGGCACUUUGCCACAACCCACGGACGGAAUCGUGUACCGCGAGGCGUGUCAGAAAUACGCAGGGUCAUGUGACUUACGACUCAAUAUCGAGGUGAAGAACUGUGGGGAUUUCUACGUGUAUAAACUUCCGCCUACCCGAGAAGACAACACAGCUUAUUGCUUCGGCGUAUACCCACCGGGAUAUACAGAACCACCAACCACUAUCACAACACGUCCAACGGACGACCCCUGCCUUCCCGCCAACCACCGGAACAUAACAAACCUCGGUAUGCGGUACGCACACAACACGGAGUGUAGCAAACACGCCAUCAGCGACUUCCGGUUGCACCAAACCUGGUACUACACGGGUCAUGAUCCCAUUCUAACGUCACCACCUGACCAGCUUUGCGCCUGUGGUACCAGUCUGCCUAUUUGGAUGAACGGCACGCUGCCGCAACCCUCAGAUGGAGUUGUGUCCCGCGAGGCGUGUCAGAAAUACGCGAGGUCAUGUGACCUACGUCUCCAUAUCGAGGUGAAAAACUGUGGGGAUUUCUACGUGUACAAACUUCCGCCUACCCGGGAAGACAACACGGCUUAUUGCUUCGGCGUAUACCCACCGGGAUAUACAGAACCCCCAACCACUAUCACAACACCUCCAACGGACGAUCCCUGCCUUCCCGCCAACCACCGGAAUAUAACAAACCUCGGUAUGCGGUACGCACACAACACGGAGUGUAGCAAGCACGCCAUCAGCGACUUCCGGUUGCACGAAACCUGGUAUUACACGGGCCAUGAUCCCAUUCUAACGUCACCACCUGACCAGCUUUGUGCCUGUGGUACCAGUUUGCCUAUUUGGAUGAACGGCACGCUGCCGCAACCCUCAGAUGGAAUUGUGUCCCGCGAGGCGUGUCAGAAAUACGCAGGGUCAUGUGACCUACGACUCCAUAUCGAGGUGAAGAACUGUGGGGAUUUCUACGUGUAUAAACUUCCGCCUACCCGGGAAGACAACACGGCUUAUUGCUUCGGCGUAUACCCGCCGGGAUAUACAGAACCACCAACAACUAUCACAACGCCUUUUUCCGACGACCCCUGUAUUUCCAUCAACCACCGAAAUAUAACCAACCUCGGGCUGCGAUACGCUAAGAACACGGAAUGUAGCCAGCACGCCAUCAGUGACUUCCGAUUACCCCAACGCUGGUACUACGCGGGACCGGACCCCAUGUUAACGUCACCUCCUGACCAGUUGUGCGCCUGUGGCACCAGUCUGCCUAUUUGGAUGAACGGUUUGCUGCCGCAGCCCUCAGACGGAAUUGUGUCCCGCGAGGCGUGCCAGAAAUACGUGGGGUCCUGUGACUUACGUCUCCAUGUUGAGGUGAAGAACUGUGGGGAUUUCUACGUGUACAAACUUUCGCCUACCCGGGAAGACAACACGGCUUAUUGCUUCGGCGUAAACCCACCGGGAUAUACAGAACCACCAACAACUAUCACAACGCCUAUUUCGGACGACCCCUGUAUAUCUAUCAAUCGCCAAAUCAUCACCAACCUCGGUCUGCGGUACGCACAGAACACGGAAUGUAGCCAGCACGCCAUCAGUGACUUCCGAUUACCCCAACGCUGGUAUUACGCGGGUCUGGACCCCAUUUUGACGUCACCGCCUGACCAGUUGUGCGCCUGUGGCACCAGUCUGCCUAUUUGGAUGAACGGUUCGCUGCCACAACCCUCAGAUGGAAUUGUGUCCCGCGAGGCCUGUCAGAAAUACGCGGGGUCAUGUGACCUACGACUCCAUAUCGAGGUGAAGAACUGUGGGGAUUUCUACGUGUACAAACUUCCGCCUACUAAAGAAGACAACACCGCUUAUUGCUUCGGCGUAAACCCACCAGGAACAAUUGAUUGCGGAAACCCAAAUUUAGUACCACGAAUUGAAAACACAAAUACAAUCGAGUUCGGAGCCACUAAUCUUUUAGCCACUGUUACGGUCACUUGCAAAGAAGGAUACCGAUUUCUGCACGACGGACGUAAAUUUGGUGCCUUUAGAAUGGUUUGCUAUCCAGACGGAAAGUGGCACGGCGGAGGGGCAUGUACCUUUUUGGAUACAGAUGUGGGAAGGUAUGGGUUCCACGUGUCAGUAUUCGAGGAUCCCAACUUCGUCAUCUCUGUCGAGAGCUACGAUAAUGGUUUACCCAUCAAUACGCCAGUUUACGCAAAAGUGUUCACGCAAGUCAGCGAUUGGUCAAUUCAAAUGCGAGUACAGUUGUGCUAUAUCCAAACAGUCCAACUCGACGGAGAUCAAUUACAACGGCAUUAUCUUAUCAAAGACGGCUGCUCGACUGACACAAACACACAGAUCAUUUCUCAAUUAGAACAUGAGACGAAGUUUUCAUUCGAGUUAUUCAGUUCAGACAACGCAAGCGGAGGUUCGAGGUUACUCUGUGAAGUCAUGUUUUGUGGACAUGACUUGAACUCCAACUGUUCUUCGGUAUGCAAUCAUUAA